UUCUCUCCGCAAAUUAAUUCUACGGAAGAAAUUUAUCGCGGACGGGUGUUCCUACAAAUUAGUUCCGGGUAUCAACAGCCUGGUGGCUAACAUUAGCUGAAACGCAAUCUCCACUACACAUUAUACUACAGAGUGGUUAACAGAAAUAUCGAACAGGAUGGAUGGUGAAGAGAGAACCUACGGUGGCUGUGAAGGGCCAGAUGCCAUGUAUGUGAAGUUGAUCUCUUCAGAUGGCCAUGAAUUUAUUGUGAAAAGAGAACACGCCUUGACAUCUGGGACUAUCAAAGCCAUGUUAAGCGGACCAGGUCAGUUUGCUGAGAAUGAAACCAAUGAAGUGAACUUCAGGGAGAUUCCAUCUCAUGUCCUGUCCAAGGUCUGCAUGUACUUCACCUACAAGGUCCGUUACACCAACAGCUCCACAGAAAUCCCUGAAUUCCCCAUCGCUCCGGAGAUCGCACUGGAACUGCUGAUGGCUGCAAACUUUUUGGAUUGCUAAAUUUACAGAGAUAAUGUAGCAACUUAAAACAUUUUUAGAUUUUUUUGAAUAUUUAAAUUGUUUUGCCAUUUACAUCAUAUGAAACUUUUUUUUUUUUUUUUUUUGCACUUGGCUUUCUGUCAUAAUUUUAUUAGUAUUAAAGGAUUUCAUUUUAAUGUAAUAAAUGGAUAGGGCAGGCUGCAUCACUUGCCCCAGAAUGUGAUAGAUGUGCCCCACUCCGUAAAUAUUUCCUCACCCCUCCACCUUUAAUAAAGACCUGUUUGGUGAGCACUUUGUUGCCAAUUGCUACCUUGUUCCAUAUGAAGUACAUCUGACUUUAAAUACCACUUUCAGAAAAACCUGCAUCAUACUUCAGUUGUGUUUUUUUUAUUUUAUGUUAUUCUAGCUCAAGUAAAACAUUAGAAAAUGCUUGAAAGACCACAAAGAACAGUCGGCAGAGAUAUUAUAUACACUAAAAUGUAUAAUUUGUUGUACAUUAGUGGUUAGACAUAACAGGGAGGAGAUCUGUCUUAAAAAUGUUGCUCUUACUCACCUGCUAAGGAUGUUUGGAAGAUAAAGUGGAUACCUUGUAAAAGAUGUCAAAUUCUCUGUUAGGACAAUAAUGUAAUAACAGCUUGGAAACAAUAAAAAUUCACAUGUUUUUUGAAUCUAUUACAAAAUUAAUAAUGUAAUUAUACCCGUUAUCCUUUGUAAUAGGAGAACCACAGUGGUUGAUUAUUAUUAUUUUUUUCUUUUUCAUUGUGAGAGGUAACAACACUGUUGAAAUUGCGUUACGAGAAUAUGUUACACCUCAACGGUGGUCGCUUAAACUUUUUUUAAAGUCUAAUUAUGUUUGGAAGAACCUGCACUAAUGUUCAAAUGUUGGAUUAAAAUGGAUUUUGGGAAACUGACAAUGAUCUAAUUAACGUGAGCUUUUAUGUUCACACAGUACAUAUGCCUAGAUGGAUUAGCGAAAGAUUUUCCAAGAUGGUGAAUUGGUAGUCAAAAUGUGGUAACAUUGUGGCCUCAUCAACAGUUAAGUAUUUAGGGCUGAUGAGGGGGUAUAUGUUACAUGUUACAGAAGAAAACUGUGCACGCAUGAUAUUUCAGGUACCCUUUUCUGAUUUACACUAAAGAAAGUGGCUCUAUGAUCAAUAAAAUAUGGCAAAAUGACAAGUGCAAGCUGAUGGAUAUGAUCUUAUAAUUCUGAAUAAAUGUUGCUUUGAACAUGCA